AUGGCUCGCAUUGUCAGGGAGGCGACUGCUGCGGGUAUCUCCGUGUCCAAGACGGACUGCAAGGAUGCCUUCAUAUUGGUAGAACCCAAACCUCAAAUCAUGCAACAAGUCGACAAUGUCGCCGACGCCCCUCCAGUGCGCGCAGUUGGACAAGCUGUUGCUAGCGUCCCCAGUGGAAACAUAGUCCAUGACGUCGUUGUUGUCGAAGACGACUCGGAUUCAGGUUCCAACUGCAACAGCGACAACAACAAGCCACAAGACGCACCUGCCACUCUAGCCCCAGGGGUGGUCACAUCUUCAACUCCCUUCAGUGAAGAGUCCAACGCAAAAAUCGAAAAGGCGAAAGCUGCCUUGGAGGAUGCAACUGCAAAGGUGUCCAAGGCGGAGGGAAAGCGGUCUCAAGCUGCCUCUUCUCUGGACUCUCUUGUCGCCGCCGCGAAGAACCGUCGCAGAGAAAUCUUGGAUGGAAAAAUCCGGCAAAACCGCGAUCAGCAGGAAAGUCUCCGGCAACAAGAGGAAAGUCUCCAGCAACAGCGGGAAACUCUCCAGCACCAGCGGGAAACUCUCCAGCAAGAUCUGAUCAAGCUUCAGGAAAAGCUUACUGUUAUGGCGGCGUAG